AUGGCUAAUAUCAUUCUCCACAAAAGUGAUAUCGGUGUUUUCAUAGGUUGCUCAUUGAUUUUACUCUUAGUAACUGAUUGGAUUACUUAUGAAUAUACGCCUAUUUGGAGGAUUGAAAAAGAUCAAUUCAAUGUGAAAGAAGGACUCCAUCAUCACCAACUGCUUGAUCCAAUAAUUACAGAUUUGGAUGGUGAUGGAAAUCGAGAUAUCAUCAUCGCCACCAGUGAUUGCAAAGUGCGUCGUAGCAACAGUAACAGCAACAAAUUGUUGCAUGCUACAGAUUUAGAGCAGUUACCUAUUCCUGAAAUUCAGUUCGAGAAUGAAAUGGCACUAUCGGAUGAUGUUACUUGUCAUCCUAUUGCACUCUCUGUGGGAUAUACCAAUAAUAUGGUCCAUGCAAUGAAAAAGGUUAUAGCUGUGGUUACCAACGAUUGGAAUGUGUAUUUACUAGAUCAUCAACUUAAUCUUCUAUGGAAAUCAUCAAUUGACGAAAAAUUAGAAGCAGCAAACGAUUCAAUCAUUGCAACAGCGAUGAUUUCACCCCAUCCCAUAAAAAAUCAAGAUCAUGGUGUAGUCAUUAUCGCUCGAUUUCCAUUAACGAACCAGUUCACUAACCAAGAACUAUCGGUUAGACAUGAUCAUGGAUGGACUAUAGAGGACGUUAUAGCUGAAAACGUAUCGUCAUAUAGAGCUGGAGUAGACGUCGGCUCUACUCAUCGAAAAGAUACUCAUGGUAAAAGCGUCCAUUGUACAAUCUACGCCUUAGACUUGACAACUGGAGAAUUAAGAUGGAAACAUCAACCAGGGGAUAAUGUUGGCUUGGAAAUGGACGAUUUAAGUUUAUUUUAUGGGCACCAUUAUAAGUUGGGAUUGAGAAAAGACAUCUUGUGCCAUAGGAGGAGCAUUUGUGGCACCUAUAAAAUGGAUAUCAUCAGAAACCUACCUCAUCGAUGGUCUUCACGUCGUGAUGCAAAGUUAAUUGUUGAUCUGCACUCAAAGAAGAAAAAGGGAAAUAAACAUCCAAUCUUCAUUGCUGGCUUUGACGUAUCAUCCACUCGUACAAAUGAUGAUCUUGCCGAGUGGCUGCGGAUUGUCAGAAUCGCUAAAGCGGCUAAUAUACUCAUCAUUCAUACGCAUCAAAGUAUAGAAAUAUACCAUCUAUCCAGUGGAAAGCUAGUAUGUUGGUUACCACUUGAAAAUCAGCAAAGUAGCACUCUCGAGGACAUUAAUAAUGAUGGACUAAUAGAUAGCUUAAGUGAUACUUCUGAAUUAGAAGAUUUAGAUAGAGUAGCCACCUCUGGUGAUGAUGAUAUGCUUCCACCUAUCACAUUUAAAAGUACUAGUCAAAAUGCCCCAUUGAUCAACUGGCAUGGAUUAUUAGAUUCUGAACAAGGUUUCAACACCUUAUUUAUGCUAGCUAAUGGUCAAGCAGCUUGUUUUAAUUCUCAAGGCUACUUGUUAUGGCUGGCUAAAACUAGUAUUAAAUGGAAUGCAGCCGGUAAAAAAGUCAACAAAGCAAAGAUGAUAUUAUUAUCCUCUACAAAUAAUGAUGAGAGCACGGAACUUGCUGCUGCUACCGGCAAUAAGCAGUUGAUAUUACUUGAUUUGCGUUCUGGCAAGGAGAUUAGUAGUUUUCCCUUAACUUGCCUACCAUCGUCCUUGUCAACUGUUAGCUCUUAUGCAAAGGAUGGUCGCAUAGAUAUAAUGGUGAACUGUGGAGAAAGAUUCUUGACAGUUACUUUGCAUAAGCAAGUUCUCAUCUGGUACAAUGUAGCCUUGGUAAUUUUGACAAUGGGAAUAACAGCAGUUAUUAUUUUUUGUAGCAAGAAUGUUUAA